ACCAUCAGCUACACCUGGACUCUCUACCUGGUCAACUCCUCCAGUAAGGUGGACACAGACGGUAAGACAUAGAUCCCUCACCAUACAGACUACAGCAGGAUAGGUCCCUAGACCAGUCCUUCUGAUGUGUAGAUCCAGCUAGGUGUAUAAUAAGAAAUCUAAAGGCCUCAAUUCCAAAUGAAUGGGAGAGACACAGGCCCUACACUACUCUUAUACAGUAGAGUGUGUCUGUGUGUAAUAAUGUGUUUAGAGUGAAGAGUGGGGUGUUAUAGUGUGUGUAUGUUAACCUCUCUCUCCAGUCCCCUUCUGUCACAGUGUGGAUCUGAGUAUUCCCUCCAACAUCAUUGGUGGCCCUACCUUUCCCCUGCCCCCAGCCCUGACUCUCACCCCUCCAUCAUCACCCCCCCACACACCCUCACCCACAGCCAGCAUGAUGUCCUCAUCCACAGAGAUAUCCUCAAAAAUGACAUCAUCAAACACAAACGCCGUAACAUCAAUCCCAGCCAGCUUGGUGACCGGUCUGGUGUCAUCAAACGGGAUAAGCCAUACUGAGAUACAAACUACAACCCCCACAACUCCCGGCCCAGUCCCCCUGUCUCCCUUACCCCCGCUGCCCACAAUCCCCCUGCCCCUCCCGUCCCCAUCACCUGGUGAUCGCCCCCAGAAACAGAGGUCACAGGGGUCAGUAGAACUUCAGAGAAUCAAUAGCACAGCUGGGAACAACCAAACACCAAACUACACCCCUCCAUUCCUCUCUUUACCAAACCACACUGUUUUGGCCAACCCUUCAAAAAACUCCUCCCCCGAGCCCAUCUCUGCUCCAAUCAGCUCCACUCCUGAUACACCUGAGCCAGGUAAGGGUUAAGAGUAACACAAUAAAACAUGUUAUCUUCUGCCGACUGCUUUUCUUUGAUAGGUUUCAUAGCUCUGAAAUAUGUUGGUGUAUAUUUUAAAGUAUAUUUUAUUUCAGACGUGGGAAGGUUUGACCCCGCAGGGCCCCCUUACCCCAUCUCAGAGUACCCUGUAGUUGUCUUUGACGACGGCAGAAUCCUUUACUCUGCCCCCCUCGGCCAGAGUGACAUCUUCGAGGAAUUCCCCAUCGAUCCCGAUUUUCCCGCUGACUACGACUUCCCUUUCCCCGUCCUGGAGAGUGGAGAUGUGAGCGGACGGCCUGGUAAGGAAGAUUAAGGAAAUAAAUGGAUAGAUGGAUGAGUGAGUGGGUGGAUGGAUGGAUGGAUAUAUUUACAUCUGAAUACACUUCUCUUAGUUUGGUCCUCUUUGUGUUGCAGUUGAGGGCUCCUCUUCUGGAGAGUCAGUCAGUGGUGGAGUGUUAGGACCCUUCCCUGGACCAGGUCAGUUAAGAGUUACUGAUAUUAUUGACAUACAGUACAUUAAAGUAGCAAACCAUUUCAGAUCCACAACUAAGGGACAUUGAAAAGUCCUAGAUGAAACAUGUUGCUGUUUUGUUUCAGGUCCCUCCACAGCAGAGACAAGCUGGGACCCCAAUGGGACACUAGGACCAUCAGGCAAUCAGACAGGCAGCUAUAACUUCACUGGUAAUGCCACGCAGAUUUAACUCAAUACCACUUUAUAUCAGUUGAUGUACAUAUUGGAUUGAAUAACAGAAGUAUUUUCUAUAGACUCAUACUUUUUCAGAGAUUAAGUUGUGAAUGUCUGUCCUACAGAUUAUAAUGUUCCCUUCCUGGGGAUAGAGGAGGGAGACCCAGGAGUGUCAGGGGGCAGACCAACAGGUAGGGCUCACCUGUCUUUGUGUGUGUGUAUUUGUGUGUGUGUGUUUGUGUGUGUUUGUGUGUGUUUACUGUUUGUGCUUGUGUUUAUACUGUGUGUUCUUGUAUGUUUAUCGUCAGGUGUGGGUGGUGGGAGCUCUGGGAGCUCAGAGGGAGACUCUGCUCCUGCUAUCCCAGGAUCAGGUGAGGAUGAGGGGAGUAACCUGAUGGACUCCAGCCCCUCCCUGGUGGUCCUUGACCCCACACUACUAGACCUGCCCAGAGAACUGUUAGAGCAGGAGCGGUUUGAGUCCUACACAUACACAGGUAAACAUCCAUCAGCACUCAAUACACUUACCUACUGCACUGUGCAAACUGUGUAUGUGCACAACAGUUUUCCAGUCUCAAUUCAAUUGUUUUGAUAGAUUGAAUGUACAUUGUUGUACCUGAUCACCUGUUGUAUUUGCCUCUAGGAAUCUCCUCUGCUCUCAUUAUGUUCAGACCCUUCACUCUGAGAGCAGGAAGCAGAUAUAUGUUAGAGGUCACAGCUAGUGAGUAAGGAGGAUCAAUUGACUAAUGUAUUGAUUUACUGAUUGCUUUUUAAUACAUUUCUCACUCCCUUUAUCUGUUGAUCAAAGUGUGUGUCCUUGUUUCCUGUUAUGAACUCAGACUCCCAUGAUGCAGUACUGGGGCGGACUCAGCUGUUCCUGUCCACUAGCCCCACCCCCCGAGGGAUGACCUGUCAGGUGCAGCCUAGCAGCGGCCUCGAGAUACACACACACUUCAGCAUCUUCUGCACCUCUGGGAAAGAGGUACACAUACAUUCUAACCAACAGCAGUAGUACUGUAUUUAUCUCCAUCACCAUGUACAGUUGAAGUCGGAAGUUUACAUACACCUUAGCCAAAUACAUUUAAACUCAGUUUUUCACAAUUCCUGAAAUUUAAUCCUAGUACAAAUUCCCUGUCUUAGGUCAGUUAGGAUCACCACUUUAUUUUAAGAAUGUGAAAUGUCAGAAUAAUAGUAGAGAGUGAUUUAUUUCAGAUUUUAUUUAUUUCAUCACAUUCCCAGUGGGUAAGAAGUUUACAUACACUCAAUUAGUAUUUGGUAGCAUUGCCUUUAAAUUGUUUAACUUGGGUCAAACGUUUCGGCUAGCCUUCCACAAGCUUCCCACAAUAAGUUGGGUGAAUUGUGGCCCAUUUUGGCACAAAUUUUCAAUAGGAUUGAGGUCAGGGCUUUGUGAUGGCCACUUCAAUACCUUGACUUUGUUGUCCUUAAGCCAUUUUGCCACAACUUUGGAAGUAUGCUUGGGGUCAUUGUCCAUUUGGAAGACCCAUUUGCGACCAAGCUUUAACUUCCUGACUGAUGUCUUGAGAUGUUGCUUCAAUAUAUCCACAUAAUUGUCCUUCCUCAUGAUGUCAUCUAUUUUGUGAAGUGCACCAGUUCCUCCUGCAGCAAAGCACCCCCACAGCAUGAUGCUGCCACCCCUGUGCUUCACGGUUGGGAUGGUGUUCUUCGGCUUGCAAGCGUUCCCCUUUUUCCUCCAAACAUAACGAUGGUCAUUAUGGGCAAACAGUUAUAAUAUUGUUUCAUCAGAGCAGAGGACAUUUCUCAGAACAGUACGAUCUUUGUCCCCAUUUGCAGUUGCAAACUGUAGUCUGGCUUUUUUUAUGGUGGUUUUGGAGCAGUGGCUUCUUCCUUGCUGAGCGGUCUUUCAGGAUAUGUCGAUAUAGGACUUGUUUUACUGUGGAUAUAGAUACUUUUGUACCUGUUUCCUCCAGCAUCUUCACAAGGUCCUUUGCUGUUGUUCUGGGAUUGAUUUGCACUUUUCGCACCAAAGUACGUUCAUCUCUAGGAGACAGAACGCGUCUCCUUCCUGAGCGGUAUGACGGCUGCGUGGUCCCAUGGUGUUUAUACUUGCGUACUAUUGUUUGUACAGAUGAACGUGGUACCAUCAGGCGUUUGGAAAUUUCUCCCAAGGAUGAACCAGACUUGUGGAGGACUACCAUUUUUUUUCUGAGGUCUUGGCUGAUUUCUUUUGAUUUUCCCAUGAUGUCAAGCAAAGAGGCACUGAGUUUGAAGGUAGGCCUUGAAAUACAUCCACAGGUACACCUCCAAUUGACUCAAAUGAUGUCAAUUAGCCUAUCAGAAGCUUCUAAAGCCAUGACAUCAUUUUCUGGAAUUUUCCAAGCUGUUUAAAGGCACAGUCAACUUAGUGUAUGUAAACUUCUGACCCACUGGAAUUGUGAUACAGUGAAUUAUAAGUGAAAUAAACUGUCUGUAAACAAUUGUUGGAAAAAUUACUUGUGUCAUGCACAAAGUAGAUGUCCUAACCGACUUGCCAAAGCUAUAGUUUGUUAACAAGACAUUUGUGGAGUGGUUGAAAAACAAGUUUUAUUGACUCCAACCGAAGUGUAUGUAAACUUCCGACUUCACCUGUAACUGAUGUGUGUACUGUGUGUGGUUUAGGACCUGCUGUAUGAGUACAGUUUCAGUAUAGGAAACAGCCCUCCUAAGAUCCUGUACCAAGGAAGAGACUUUCAGUACUACUUCAACCUGCCCUCUGGAGACCCUCAGGAUGACUAUAAAGGUAUAUUAAAACCCUUUCCUGCUGUCAAAUGACCUAGUGGCCUCAUGGGUGGAAUGUUAUGUCAUAUUUUCAUAAUUAAUAAACAUUAUUUUUUUAAACCCGCCGAAUAUCCAGUGUUUCUAUGUCAGAGGGUUUUGUUAUAUUUCAGUCUUCUGUGAUGUACAGAAUGUAAAGUGUAAUAUUGGGAUGCAAACUCAAAAUGUAAUACAUUUCAACUCUAUAUCUGACAUGGUACAGGUGUCUUCUUUCUGUUAAGCCCAUAACCAUGUGUGUGAGGUGUAUACUUUUGUUUCAAAGUAGAUUUGUUUAAGACUACAAAGAGACACUCUGUGUGACCCUGAUUUAGUCCACUGCAAUAAAAGGUUAACUCUUAUUAAUUUAUUAUACUGUCCAGAGAGGAAUAUAGCAGUCACUCACAUUGUUUUGAAUUUCAUAUCUUUAUUGACACUGUGUCCCUGUGUUCCAGUCACUAUCUAUACAGAGGUCCGGAACAGGUUUGGAGCAGCAACUAUACCCUGUCCUGUAACCGUCACAGUCCACCCCAGCUUCAUCAGGAACACCUCCUCUAACUACAACCCUGAUAUGGAACUGUAAGACUGACUGACUGGUUGACUGACUGACUGGUUGACUGACUGGUUGGCUAACUGACUGGUUGACUGACUGACUGACUGGUUGAUUGACUGACUGGUUGACUGACUGGUUGGCUAACUGACUGGUUGACUGACUGACUGACUGGUUGACUGACUGACUGGUUGACUGACUGGUUGGCUAACUGACUGGUUGACUGACUGGUUGACUAACUGACUGGCUGACUGACUGAAUGACUGGUUGACUGACUGACUGACUAGUUGACUGACUGACUAGUUGACUGACUGACUGACUGGUUGACUGACUGACUGACUGAUUGACUAACUGACUGGUUAACUGACUGACUGGUUGACAGACUGACUGACUAGUUGACUGACUGACUGAUUGAUUGGUUGAUUGGUCAUUUGUUUGAUUGAUUUGAGGCCUCUCUCUCUCUUUCUCUGUCUCUCUCUGUGUAGUUUUGAGUCAGGUCUGAGGAACCUGUCUGGUCUGGUCCAGUUGGGGAACAGUGUAGAGAUCCGUAACUACAUCAUCCUCCUGUCCAGCGUCCUCAACAGACUCAGCCAGGACCCCACAGCCAACACACACACUCAGACACACACACGCACCACACUCAUCAACGCUGUGUGUCAGCUCGACAUCAAUGACCAGGUACACACACUCGCACACACGCACACACACACACACAGACACACACUCAAAGUAGAGUGUCUAGUAACGAUCAGUUAUUGUGUGUGUCUCUAGGGGUCCAUGAUAGAUAACAUCUACAUGCUCAAAGACCUGAUGCACCUCACCCACCAGGUAAGAGACCCUUUGCAUUGGGUCAAAGCUUUAUAUGGCUCUGCAUAUAGAUGUAUGCAGGAUAGAUGUAUAAUACAUUAUGUAUUAACAGUGUUUUGUUGUCCCAGGUAUCGUUGUCCAGUGCCAGUGUGGUGGUCGUGGGUCAUGUAUAGGCUAUAAGAUGAUAGAUGUAUACAAUAUGUAUUAACAGUGCGUUGUUGUCCCAGGUAUCGUUAGCCAGUGCCAGUGUGGUGGUGGGUCAUGUCCAGUCCAUCUCAGACCUGUUCCACCAGCCUACUUUUGCUGUUCCCUACAUACUGGACAGCUGGACCCUUAACACUCUGGUCACACUGCUGUCAUACAGCCUGCAGGCCACCCCCACUACUGAUGAUGUCAGACAAGACCAGGCCACUGCUGAUGAUGUCAUACAGGCCACGCCUACCCUCAAAGAGCAGGCCAUACAACUCACGACUGACAGUCUGCAGACUACUGCUCAAUUACUACUGGUGAGAUACACACACACACACACACACUCUCUCUCUCUCUUUCUCCCUCUCUCCUUUCUCUCUCUCUCUGACUCUCCUCUCUGUGUUGUAGAAAUACGUCCUGUUCAAUAAGACCCAGCAGCACAACGUGACCACUAGUGUCAUGGACCUACAGACCACUCACCACGACCACGGUCUAACCACGGUCAUCAGCUCUGGCUCGGCCACCUUCUACCUGCCUGACUCCCUGGACUUGGUCCUGUACGGUCGUAGAGGGAGAGAGACCGCAGAUGGACCACAGAGUCUCUGUGUCCUCAGCCAGCUGACCACGUUCACACACAACCUCUACUUCUGGACCAAGACACCUGAACUGGUGAGAUACACACACACUUUACAUCAAGAAGAUGAUUAUGAUGAUGAUGAAGGUGAUGAUGAUGUGUGUCUUUCAGCUGAGUGGGCCAGUGAUUGACCUGACUCUGUACAACUGCAGCACAAGGAGAGAGAUUCCAGUACGCUCGCUCUCCCAACCAAUCAACAUUGAGUUCCCCAAAACACCUAGAAACGUACGCAUUCACUUUCUGUUUGGGUUGAUGGACAGAUUGCCUGUGUGUGUGUGUGUAUGUGUGUGUACGUAUGUGUGUGUGUGUGUGUGUGACCUUUCAUCUUCCCUCUCCCCAGGUAAGUUCUGUAUCCGAGUUCACUCUCCUGCGAAGCCAGGUGAACUACCACAGUUUCAACAUUACCCAGCAGGCCGUGCAGGAGGCCAUACUGGUCAGUGUGGAGUUCACACGGCCGCCCAACAAGACCUUUCCCAUCAUGCUCCUCUUCAGGUGUGUACAGGCCUUUGAGUACAGCUUCAAACAUUCCGUUUUAGAAUAGACCAUUUCCUCAAUUUCCCUAUUUUGCCAGUUAAUUGUGUGUGUGUGGGUUCUCAGGAUGUUUGAGAGGCCGACCCCCAGCUUGCAUCACAUCCACAGCAUCUAUCACUGGGACGGAAACACCACUCACAUCACCCUGCCUCCAUCAUACCUCAAUGGUUAGUCUCUUAUCUCUCUCUCUCUCUGUCUCUCUCUCUCUCACUCUCUCCCCCACUUUCUCUCUCCCUGUCUCAAUCUCUGUCUAUUUCUCGCUCUCUCUCAUCAACCCCCACUGUCUCUCUCCCUCUCUCCCUUGUCUCAUUUGUCAUAUCACAUCAUCUGUUUUUCAUUGUUUAUAAUUGAAAGUACAUUCCCUUUUUGUUUAGUCACUGUGAUUGGAUGCUAAUGCUUCCUGUAACAUGAGGAUGAUAAAGUGUUUCUUAUGUUCUGUUCAGCUGCAGGGACAGGCUACCUGGCUCUACUCAAUGCUGACUACAAAAAGACCCCUAGACACAAGUAAGUCAACACCUGGUUUAUAACAACAUCAUCAUCUUAUUAUUAUUAUUUUACUUAAAUGACCAUAUAAAAUGUUAUAAUUUCUAUUUAACUUCCAUUGCCCUCCAAGAGCAGCUGAAUAUCAUACACACAUCCAUUUUGUUCCUAAGUGUCCUGUUUCCUCUAUGUACAGUGGGGAAAAAAAGUAUUUAGUCAGCCACCAAUUGUGCAAGUUCUCCCACUUAAAAAGAUGAGAGAGGCCUGUAAUUUUCAUCAUAGGUACACGUCAACUAUGACAGACAAAGUGAGAUUUUUUUUCUCCAGAAAAUCACAUUGUAGGAUUUUUUAUGAAUUUAUUUGCAAAUUAUGGUGGAAAAUAAGUAUUUGGUCAAUAACAAAAGUUUCUCAAUACUUUGUUAUAUACCCUUUGUUGGCAAUGACACAGGUCAAACGUUUUCUGUAAGUCUUCACAAGGUUUUCACACACUGUUGCUGGUAUUUUGGCCCAUUCCUCCAUGCAUAUCUCCUCUAGAGCAGUGAUGUUUUGGGGCUGUCGCUGGACAACACGGACUUUCAACUCCCUCCAAAGAUUUUCUAUGGGGUUGAGAUCUGGAGACUGGCUAGGCCACUCCAGGACCUUGAAAUGCUUCUUACGAAGCCACUCCUUCGUUGCCCGGGCGGUGUGUUCACUCAAAAUCUCACGAUACAUGGCCCCAUUCAUUCUUUCCUUUACACGGAUCAGUCGUCCUGGUCCCUUUGCAGAAAAACAGCCCCAAAGCAUGAUGUUUCCACCCCCAUGCUUCACAGUAGGUAUGGUGUUCUUUGGAUGCAACUCAGCAUUCUUUGUCCUCCAAACACGACGAGUUGAGUUUUUACCAAAAAGUUCUAUUUUGGUUUAAUCUGACCAUAUGACAUUCUCCCAAUCCUCUUCUGGAUCAUCCAAAUGCACUCUAGCAAACUUCAGACGGGCCUGGACAUGUACUGGCUUAAGCAGGGGGACACGUCUGGCACUGCAGGAUUUGAGUCCCUGGCGGCGUAGUGUGUUACUGAUGGUAGGCUUUGUUACUUUGGUCACAGCUCUCUGCAGGUCAUUCACUAGGUCCCACUGUGUGGUUCUGGGAUUUUUGCUCACCGUUCUUGUGAUAAUUUUGACCCCACAGGGUGAGAUCUUGCGUGGAGCCCUAGAUCGAGGGAGAUUAUCAGUGGUCUUGUAUGUCUUCCAUUUCCUAAUAAUUGCUCCCACAGUUGAUUUCUUCAAACCAAGCUGCUUACCUAUUGCAGAUUCAGUCUUCCCAGCCUGGUGCAGGUCUACAAUUGUGUUUCUGGUGUCCUUUGACAGCUCUUUGGUCUUGGCCAUAGUGGAGUUUGGAGUGUGACUGUUUGAGGUUGUGGACAGGUGUCUUUUAUACUGAUAACAAGUUCAAACAGGUGCCAUUAAUACAGGUAACGAGUGGAGGACAGAGGAGCCUCUUAAAGAAGAAGUUACAGGUCUGUGAGAGCCAGAAAUCUUGCUUGUUUGUAGGUGACCAAAUACUUAUUUUCCACCAUAAUUUGCAAAUAAAUUCAUUAAAAAUCCUACAAUGUGAUUUUCUGGAUUUUUUUUUCUCAAUUUGUCUGUCAUAGUUGACAUGUACCUAUGAUGAAAAUUACAGGCCUCUCUCAUUUUUUUAAGUGGGAGAACUUGCACAAUUGGUGGCUGACUAAAUACUUUUUCCCCCCCACUGUAGGUACAUGAGCAGACAGGUGAACUACACCUUGAGACUGGAGACCAGCCAGUGUCUGUCCUGGGACCACCAGCAGGGCUGGACACACACUGGCUGCACACCUCAACUAGGACUGACCUCACACACCAGGGUCAACUGCAGGUAACACACACACACUCACUCACUCUCACACACACACACACACACACACACACACACACACACACACACACACACACACACACACACACACAACACACACACAUUCUGUAUACAUGGAUGCAAACACACACACACACACACACACUGUGAGUCACCUGUGUGUGUUCCAGCUGUAGCCACUUGAGCCCAUUGACCAUGGUCCAGCAGGACAUCCAGAGCAGCCAUGACGACUCAGCAGACCUGGCCCAGUUCAUCAGGUCAGUCAGACCACAGGGUGGCGACCAUCUUUGCUUAGCCCCGUGGGUUAUGGGAUUUGUAGUUUCAAGGAUCACAGAGAAGGAAGUAUGAGUGUCCAACUUAAUUAUGGUAUUUGGUAUUUUGCCAUAAUGUCUCUCUUUCUCUUUUCCCCUCAUCAACCCCUCCCUCUUUCACUCUCUCUCUCUCUCUUUCUCUCUCUCUUCUCCCUCUUUCUCCCUCCCCAUCUCUCUUCCAUCAGUCUCCCCAGUGAUGUGACGGUGGUGUGUGUGUGUGUGGUGUGUGUGUGUCUGUAUGCCCUUGGCAUGGUGGUGUGUAAGAGAGCUGACCUCAUCUUAGAGAGGAACCAGGGAGUCUACUACCUGUCUGAUAACGGUCCUUCAGACACACAUCUCUACUCUGUUACUAUACACACCGGUCUCCGCUCCUCAACCAGCAUGACCGCCAAGGUACAGUACCCUUUUUCCAGAACACUCCCUCUCCCCAUACUCUCUCCUUCCCUCUCUCCCUCCCUCUCUCCUGUCCCAUUAUCUGCUCUGUCCUUUACCAUUGUCCUCCCCUCUCCCUCUCUCACCCAAUUGGUUUGACACAGAUUCUGUAAUUCUCUCCCCUCCCUUUGCCCUCAUUGGCCCUCAGAUCUCUAAGAGCAUAGGAUAGGUGGAAGCAAUAUACUAAACGCUCCACCUUUAUCAAGGAUGCAGCAGUUAGGAUUGUUGUCACUUUACAUCACUGAUGGUAAAAUGUAAAUGAUGCAAAGAGUGUCAUCUGGCUUUUAUAAUGCUUAUUUAUUGGUUAGAGAGGAACAUUGGGGUCUUUAACCCCAGAACUGUUCACAUCAGAAAGUUGAGCAUGGUGCAUUGUAGCAUGGUGCUGCCUUCACAUACAGAUGUAGGAUCUUAACUUGAACUAGUUUUCUACGGCAGGAUAUUAACCCCGCAGCAACAGGAAAUGUGAAUUGUUAUGUGGAUUAUAAUUAAUGGUCAUUUUUGUAGGGGUUAAUACAUUUUUCGUAAGGGACAUUUCAAAGUGGAAAUGACAAAUUUCAGAUGCCUUUUUAGACCUCAAAUGCACUACAAGUUUAACAUUUCCUGUAUUGCAGGAAAGUUCUCCUGCAACAGGGUGAUCAAACGCCUCUCCCCUAUUUGACCUAGAUAGUUUGUGUGUAUGUAUUGAUAUGUAGGCUACGCGUGCAUUUUGUAAAAAAAAUAGAUGUUUAUGUAGUUCUGUCCUUGAGCUGUUGUCUAUUAAUGUUCUGUAUUAUGUCAUGUUUCAUGUUUUGUGUGGACCCCAGGAAAAGUAGCUGCUGCUUUUGCAACAGAUAAUGGAGAUCCUAAUAAAAUACCAAAAAUUAAGAUCCUACAUCUGUAGGGAAGAGAAGGAAGCCACUGAAGGUUUUGUGGUUAUUAUUACUAUCAUAGAGCCCCUGGCCUGAGGGGAGACGCAUGUAGACCACACCCCCUCCUCCAGCUCUAGAUUAGAUUAGAUUAGACAUUAAACGGGUGUCCUGACUCUUUGUGAUCACUAAAGAUCCCAUGGCACUUAUCGUAUGGCACUUAUUUUUGUUUAAUAAUAAUACCUGUCCUUUUAUCCUUAUGUUUUGGUGUGUCGGUCUCUGUGUGUAUGUGCCACCUGAAUGUGUAGUACUGUCUUUUACCCUUAUAUCUCAUUCAGACACAGGCACAGACAGACAUGCAUACACAAACCCGUGUGCAAAUACACACACUUGUGUGCAAAAACCUGUAUUUAUAAAGUUACUAUUACAACAUUUUCACCUCAUUACAUACAUUUUCCUGAGCAAACCUAGCAGAAUUGUCUGAUGUGUAUGUUUGUGUGUGUGUCAGGUCCAUAUUGUGCUGUAUGGGGAGGAUGGGGCGUCACAGACCAGACAACUGUAUGUCCCAGAAUGCCCUCUGUUCAGAAGGAACUCCAGGAACACCUUUAUACUGAGGUACGAAACAACAUUACAGCUACAGUAUCAGCCUGUACAAUGCACUACUAUACAUCUCUGUUUUUGUUUACUAUGAGAACCGUUGUGUCAUCAGUCAGCCCAGCCAGCCCAGCCAGCAUGUGAAACCCUCCUUAGCAGCUGUAGCCACAGAGACAGAGACACCCCCCGUACUAAUACCAUGUCACUGUUUAUGUGUGUCUCUCUGUAGUACUGUAGACAGUCUGGGCCCUCUGUGGGGGCUGAACCUGUGGCAUGAUAACACUGGCCCCUCCCCCACCUGGUACCUCAGACAGGUGGAGGUGUGUGAGGUGAAGGGCAAGGGGCGGAGAUGGCUGUUCCUAGGCCAGUGCUGGUUGGCUGUUGACGAGGGUGACGGACAGGUGGAGAGGAGACUCAGGGUCUGUGAUCAGGGGCCAGGAUUCACCAAGGUAACACACCUGCAUGCACACAUGUACACAAACGUCACACGCACGCAUGUGCACACACGCAUACACACACGUGUGCACACACACCACACACACACCAACAAUUGAUUCCCAUUCAAAAUUCUAUUUUCCCUAUACCCUAAACCUAACCCUAACUUCUAACCCUAAACCUAACAACCCAUAACCCUAAUUCUAACCCUAAUUCUAACUAAGACUAAAAUAGAUUUUUUACAAGUGAUGACUGGUGAUUCUCGUGAGGACAUCUGGGACUCACAAGUAUAGUAAAACGUGAACACACACAAACACACAAACUCAUUGUCUAAUGAUGUUCUUAUGUCAUGUGCUCGUAAUAUGUUAUUUUGUCAUGUGUUGUUAUGUCAUGUGUUUGUUUGUGUAGCUACUGUAUCUGAAGCUGUCAGAGUACCUGUCAGACUUCCACCUGUGGUUGUCUGUGUACAGUGGUCCCUCCCCUAGCAUGUUCACUCACACACAACGUCUCAGUUUGUGUCUGCUGCUGCUGCUGGGGUACAUGAGUGUCAACACUUUACUGAUAUCAGGCCUCGAAGACCAAGUGAGUCAAUCAAUCAAUCAAUCAAUCAAUCAAUCAAUCAUCAAUCAAUCAAUCAAUCAAUCAAUCAAUCUGUCAUUGGCAACUACACUACCCAUAAUGCUGUGUGUUGUUCCAGUACACCUCAGAGCUGGGCAUUAUCGACGUGUCUGCCGUUUCCCUAACGACGGGGUUGCUCAGCGCGCUGGCUGUGUUGCCCGUAGCGACUGCGCUGUCCUUCCUGUUCCGUCAGCGUGAGGUCAGAGUAAAGAGGUCAGAGGUCAAACAGGACAUGGUCCGACUGCCAGACAUCUACUCUAUAGAAGGUAGAACACACACACACACACACAAACACAAACGCAAGCACUCACUAUGGCCUACUAUGGUUCUUUCUUGUGGGUGGUUGAGAACAGGUGAAAGUGAGGGAGUCAAGUGAUAGAUCUCUGCUCUCUCUCUCUCUCUAUCUCUCUGUCUCUCUCUUUCCCCCAAGCUGAUGCACUGAUCGUGAGUGACUGUGUGUUUGAGUCCUAUCUCUCCUGGAACAAUCUGCAGCAGUGGGCACAGGAGGCCUGGAGGAAGAAAUAUGAGGUGACACGCUCUUCCUGUUCUUACACACAUUUGGGAAAAUAUGCGUUUGGCUUCUAUUAGAUUUACAUCUUACCUCUUAGACAUUCUAUUCGUUGACUUAAUAUUAGGUAUCAUGUCCCUCUCUCUAUCUCUCAUCUCCCAGGGCUCAGUGCCGAAUAGGGAUCUGGUUACUCAAAGAGGAGACCUGGGAAUCUGGAGCAGUCAGGAUCUGGUAAGGGAUCUGCUGACCGAGGAGAAAGUCUCCUCAGACUGCAACUCCAUUGGUUUUGAGGAUGGUGUCGCCCACGACAACAGCUUGCUUGGCAGGUUGCUAGGCAACAAUGUCCCAGACAACAACAGCAUUCGCAAGGAGAGGGAUCGUAACCUCAACGAUAGCCCCAAACUUCUGGGCAACAACCAGGUGGGCACCAGUACCAGCAGAUGCUUAGGGGGAAGGCUCAACCCUCUACCCCGCUGGAGUCACCUCCUAGCCUGGGUACUGUGUUUGGCCCUGGGCCUCUCCUCUCUGGUGGUCAUUGUCGUCUUGGGGAUCAGGUUAGUACAUAAGACAAGGUAGUCAUCAUACUGUAUUAUAGAGAGAUACAAAUGAUUACAAGCGAUACACAUGGUACAAGUUAUUUACCAGGGCGUUAUUGUUUGUGUGUGCGUGUGCGUGUGCGUGCGUGUGUUUAUGUGUGUGGUGUAUGGUCUGUGUGUGCAUAUGUUAGGUUCAGCAGCAGUAAGACUUUACUGUGGAUCCAUUCCCUCUUCUUCUCCCUGCUCUCCUGCGUCUUCAUCAUCCAGCCAGCCAUGGUAAACUAAACACAAACAACAAAACACAAACCGAACCUAGCAUGAACCACAACUUAACCCAAACCCAAAUAUAAAGCUAAUCUUACCAAACCAAAAGUGGUUGCCGUCAAUAAUUUACUAUUCACUUACUCAGAAAAACAUUGAUGGAAUUGGUCUGUUUGAUUUUCUGCACUAGAUCCUUGCCAUGGCUGUGGUGGUCUCCUUCUGGCGCAGGAAGCGUCCAGACUUCUCCAGUUUCUCAGGAGCUACUGGGUUUCAGGCAGAAACUCUGAAACUGUGGACCCAAGAUGGCUCCUGUGUCCCAGAGCUCUUCAUGCUCAGCCCUCCUCAUCAGCCCCAGGAGAGAUGCUCACACUUUGACAGGGUAACAACAUCAUCCUACUCUAACAGACAAUCAACUGCUCUGGUUUUAUUCCGUAUUAUUGAAGAAGAUAUUAAGAAAUGUAUUUGCUGUGAUAUUGACAGGUGCUGGCGGCCCGUCAGAGAGCUCGGUAUCUGCGUCUGGUACGCCCGCCCACUUCUGGGGAGCUGAGGAGGACAGGGGGGAGGAAGAGGAGAGAAACACUCAUCCGCAAAACACUCAGGUGUGUGUGCCUGCGUAUAUAUGUGUGUGUUUCUGACCCAGUCUGUUCCCUCCAUAGGGAGAUGGCAGUGUGUUUUUGACCCAGUCUGUUCCCUCCAUAGGGAGAUGGCAGUGUGUUUCUGACCCAGUCUGUUCCCUCCAUAGGAAGAUGGCAGUGUGUUUCUGACCCAGUCUGUUCCCUCCAUAGGGAGAUGGCAGUGUGUUUCUGACCCAGUCUGUUCCCUCCAUAGGGAGAUGGCAGUGUGUUUCUGACCCAGUCUGUUCCCUCCAUAGGGAGAUGGCAGUGUGUUUCUGACCCAGUCUGUUCCCUCCAUAGGGAGAUGGCGGUGUGUUUCUGACCCAGUCUGUUCCCUCCAUAGGGAGAUGGCAGUGUGUUUCUGACCCAGUCUGUUCCCUCCAUAGGGAGAUGGCAGUGUGUUUCUGACCCAGUCUGUUCCCUCCAUAGGGAGAUGGCAGUGUGUUUCUGACCCAGUCUGUUCCCUCCAUAGGGAGAUGGCAGUGUGUUUCUGACCCAGUCUGUUCCCUCCAUAGGGAGAUGGCAGUGUGUUUCUGACCCAGUCUGUUCCCUCCAUAGGAAGAUGGGCAGUGUGUUUCUGACCCAGUCUGUUCCCUCCAUAGGAAGAUGGCAGUGUGUUUCUGACCCAGUCUGUUCCCUCCAUAGGAAGAUGGCAGUGUGUUUCUGACCCAGUCUGUUCCCUCCAUAGGGAGAUGGCAGUGUGUUUCUGACCCAGUCUGUUCCCUCCAUAGGAAGAUGGCGGUGUGUUUUUCCAUGCUAUUCCUCCUACUGUGUGUAACCUAUGGCAGCUCGUCUAGAGACCAGUACCACCUCAACCAUGCUGUCCGAACACAGUUCACCAGG